AUGGAAAGGGAGAUGAUCAACAUGAUAGUGGACACACUCCUAGUGUUCUACUAUAAGAAGUUAGUAGGCUACAUGCCGUCUAGCUUUGCGAAUCUAGUAUUCGCGGGCGAGAGGAUCGAGGUAGGCCUAAAAAGGGGGAAGUUCGACUAUGUUGCCCCUGCCAGCACAAGCAACAGAAGAUCCGGGCCGACUAGGGCAAAGAGGAAAGAAGGGGACGCUCAAGCCGUGACCUCGGCUCUUGCUUGGCCAAAACCUCAAUCAACCCCUCACAAUACUCAUCAAUAUGUCCAGCACCAUCCGAGCUUUUUGGCCUGCAUCGGAAACUCCUCCAACUCGGCACCCGUCCAACAAAGGACACCAACCACACCACAAAGAGCUCCCGCUCAAGCCCCGGCUCCUGCAAGGCCUCUUCCCACCGGUGAUUUCAAUCCUGGCACGAGUUCCAAUCUGGGGAGGAACCCUCCAAUGAAAAAGCUUCCAAAGUUCGCCCCGAUUCUGAUGUCAUAUGGGGAUUUGUUGCCAUCCUUAAUCGCCAACCAGUUGGUAGUGGUGACCCCUAGAAGAAUUACCAGUCUCCUUUCCCGAGAUGGUACAACCCCGACACGACCUGUGCGUAUCAUGGGGGGUACUCCAGGGCAUUCGAUCGAGCAGUACGUGUCCCUCGAGCAUAAAGUCCAAAGCUUGAUUGAUGCAGGAUGGCUAAUAUUCCAAGAAGAUGGUCCGAAUGUGAAGACAAAUCCGCUUGCCAAUCAUGGGGGACCAGUGGUAAAUGCAAUAGAGGCAUGUGGGCUGCAGAGGCCUAAACAAAUAAAGGAUGUGGUAACCCCAAGAAGGUUUAUCUUUGGAGCAUUACAAGAGGUAGGCAUCGUUUCCUUUGAUGGGCACAAAGGGGACUCCUGUUUGAUGCAUCCAGGUACAUCACAUGACAUGGAGACAUGUUCAACGACGGAGGAGCUAUUACAACAAAUGAUGGACCAAUGCCGAUUUGAGAUCAGUAAAGGGAACAAGGGAGAACAACACGUGUACAUGCAGUCGGAAGACAAAGAAAGCCCCGCUAGACCCAAGCCUUUGGUGAUACACUUCACCAUGGAUGUGGCCACCCAGAAACCCCGAGGCCUUCGCCCGGUUUCGGGUAGCAAACCUGUUUCGUUCCCUUAUAGAAGCAACAAGGUGGUCCCGUGGAGAUACACCCCUCAGAAGCCAAGCGAAAAGAAAGAGGAGGCCACCGACACUGACUUACCUUCUGCCAAAGUUACCAACAUUAUCGACCUAAGUGGUGAUAGUCUUUUAUCCAAUGCCCUUGUGACCUAUAGCGGUCGCGUCUUCAUAGCACCUGACCCAUCGGUGCAACCCACGAAUGCCAAAGGAAAAGCAAAGGUGGUCGCGGAAGAGACCAACGAAGCGAGCCCCACUCUGGAUGAGGAUGUUUUGGCCAGGAGAUUCGCUGAGAAAGGAGGAGACUUCGACGGAAAGAAAGUGUCCAUGGAAGAAGCCAACGAGUUCCUCCGGAUCAUUCAACAGAGUGAGUUCAAAGUGAUUAAGCAACUCAACAAGACCCCAGCUAGGGUCUCUCUGUUAGAGCUGCUCAUGAAUUCCGAACCUCAGCAGGUGUUAUUGGUUAAAGUUUUAAAUGAGGCCCACAUGGCCCAAGAUAUCUUUGUGGAAGGCUUCGAGGGCAUCAUCAGCAAUAUCACGGCUAAUAACUACCUCACCUUCACCGAGGAGGAGAUCCCUGUCGAAGGGCUGGGACACAAUAUGGUCCUACACGUGUCUGUUAAGUGUAUGGACCACAUUGUGGCUAAGGUACUCAUCAACAAUGGCUCAUCGCUUAAUGUCAUGCCUAAGAGUGCACUGAACAAGCUGCCUUUCAACGUGUCACAUCUAAGGCUGAUCUCCAUGAUAGUACGGGCUUUUGACGGCACCCGCCAAAAUGUUAUAGGGGAGAUUGAUCUCCCAGUUCAAAUCGGACCCCGCACUUGCCAGAUCACCUUCCAAGUGACGGACAUUAAUCCGACAUAUAGCUGUCUUUUGGGUCAGCCGUGGAUUUACUCGGUUGGGGUGGUCCCUUUGACGCUCCACCAAAAAUUGAAGUUCGUGGUGGAAGGGCGUUUAGUCAUUGUCUAA